UGACAGGGAGCUGUGCACCUUGCUUCCUUUCCCCUGUAUGCUGCACCAAAAAGUGUCAGUUCACGAAGGAGUGCCAUGGAUGUUCACAGAGAUCAGACAAACAACAGGGGAUUAAUAUAAGAAGUUGGACUAUCUAGCUAAAGGAAGGGCUUGUUUUUGGUCAUACAGUUAACACUAAAUCAUGGAAUUUCGAACUGGAAAAUCGUUGCAAUCAUGAACUUAAAUGAAUGGACAUCAUGACCCAUCUCAGAGUCAACUCCAUGUUUUGGAGCCGACUUUGAGACCGAGAGGCAUGGCAACUGCAAAGCACCCCCGUCAGCUCAGGGUGAGUAGAUCUGACCAAAAAAGAGAAGCUAGUGCAAGUCGUGUGUGGACCCCAGAACAAAAUGGAGUGGAAGCCCAGACAGAUGGUCAGCAGGUUAUGUUGGAAAAAGGUCACGAGUUCUUUCAGAUUUGUGACACUGAGAACAAAGGCUACAUCACCCGCAUGGACAUGCAGCGAUUGCAACGUGGACUGUCACUCAGCCCACAGGAAUUGGAAAAAGUCUUUGAUUCUCUGGAUGCAGAUGGAAAUGGCUUUCUUACUUUGGAAGAAUUCACCACAGGAUUUAGUGCAUUUGUGCUCACACAAACACAUGUUACAUCAGAGUCAGAUGAAGAAACUGAGAUACGGCAGGAACAGGAGUUAUUGUACCAGUCUCCCUGGGAGGAAAGGUCCAGUAAGGCAGAAGAUGAAGAUGAUAGGCAGUUCAAUAUGCUGAUUGAAAAUCUUGGAGCAAACAAUGUUGUUGAAGAUCAGACUGACAUCAAAAAACUUUGGACACAGCUAAGGAGUGAUGGACCCCAUUUGCUUCCAAUCUUUGAAGAAUUCCUGUUCAGAGUCUUUGGUGAACUUGAAGAGGCUAAUGCAGAGAAAAAGGAAAUGGAGUUUGCUCUGAAGAAAAAACUAGUUACCCAUGAUGAAGAGAUCCAGAGUCUUUAUGAAGAAAUGGAACAGCAGAUCAAAUCGGAAAAGGAACGAAUAUUGAUCCAAGAUUCUGAGAAGUUUCUGUCACGAAGUCAAGAACUGGAGCAGCAUCUAAAAACCAAAGAGCAAGAAAUGGAGCAACUGCUUCAAAAACAGAGAAUGCUGGACCGAGAAUGCUCAGAACUGUACAGUGACAAAUACCACACCAAAGCAGAGAAUGACAAACUGAAGCAGGCCAACCUGGACUUGGGUAAGGAGCUGGAUAGGGCCUCACAAGAGCUGCUGUUUGCCCAGAAACAACUACAGAACUUACAGGAUGAUGCUGCCCGUCUGCAGGAGGAGAGAGAAAUGGAGGUUUAUAGAGUGACAGAAGGUCUACAGCGUGAGAAGGCAACACUUAUAAAACAACUGGAUUUGAUGCGGGAAAUGAAUAAGCAUCUGAGAGAUGAAAGAGAUAUGUGUUUACAGAAGUCACAAAACUCACCUGUUCAGCUUCCAGUGAAGCAGAGGUCUGGUUCCACCAUUGGAAAAUACAUUGACCGGAAGGCCUCUAUCAAAAGUCUGCCAUCUGAGGAGGAGGAAGAGGAUGUUUUCACCAAUGCAAAGAGGAAGAACUCAGAUGGCCUAAAUUCUAGUGCACUGAACCAAAGGAAACACCUCCAGAGAAUAAUAUCAAUAGAAGAGGACCCUUUACCCCAGCUCCUCUUAAAAAAGUGUGACUCUCCUUUGAAUAAUGUGGAAGAAGUUGAAGAGGAUGCAGAAGUGCAGCAUGGGAAAAAGGAAGAAAAUAAAAGUGAAGUAGAUGGUGCAGUAUCUCCUGAUAAGACUCCGCCAUCACCUCGUGGACAACCCGUGGGAAAGGAAACCAUGACAAUUGAGGAAGUAUCAAACUCCACACCAGAUCGUCUAUUUAAAAUAGUUUUUGUUGGAAACUCCAGUGUUGGAAAAACGUGCUUCCUACGACGAUUUUCUGAUGAUUGUUAUUAUCCUGAUACAGCUGCCACAGUAGGCAUUGACUACUGCGUGAAGACAGUAACAGUGGACCAUUGUAGAGUUGCUUUGCAGUUAUGGGAUACAGCAGGACAAGAAAGGUAUCGCAGCAUUACCAAGCAGUUUUUCCGAAAAGCAGAUGCUGUCAUUGUGAUGUAUGAUGUUACAGCACAAACAACAUUUAGAUCGGUCCAGCAAUGGCUAACAAGUGUGCAGGAAGUUGCUGGUAAUGAUAUAGCUGUCCUACUUCUUGGAAAUAAAACUGACAUGGAGACUGAGCGUGAAGUUCCUAGAGAAACAGGAAAACGGCUAGCUAAGGAUAACAAUUUAAUUUUCUAUGAAUGUAGUGCAUCAUCAGGUCAUAAUGUCAAAGAAUCCAUGCUUCACUUAGCCAGAAUUUUAAAGGAACAAGAAGACAAAGAGAAAGAAAAAACAGUUCAAUUAGUUCAAGAUUCUGCCAAGAAGAAGUCCUGCUGCUGAUAAAGUUAGCAUACCUGUCCUAAAAUACAUGCAGAAUCAUCUGAAGCAGAUCUUUAUACUCAGACACACCAGUAUGAGUAAUGAUUUUUUUUCCUGCUUUGGGAUGCUGGACUUCCAGGAAUGUGCUGCUUUUGUUUCCCUGAUGUCAUGAUGAACAGUCUGUAAAAAAAAAAAAACUGCGAGUAAAUUUUUAUUCUCUUACACUAAACAGCAAGUUGCCCUUAAAUGUUUUAUAGUGGCUCUCUCUAGAGGAGAUCUCCCACUGCUGAGGUAUGUACAUACAUGGAGCAUAUGAAGGCAACGACCUGUGCUUUAUCACUACAGACCAAGGGACUGCUGCUACACUCAUUAUUGUUUUGUUAUAUAAAACGUCUGAACUGCACUUGUGAUUUUUUGGAUUUAGCAGCUGGCCACAUGCGACUUUUCAAAUGGUUUACAAGAAUGAUGUACAGCAAAUUAAAAAAAAAAGACAAAAUAAUAAAUGUUUCACAUUUUACCUUGCUUAGCUACAUGCAGACUGAUAUACUCAUUGUAAAUGCAUUUGCAUUACUGGUAUGCUGUACAUUGGAAAUGGUAUGCUGGGUACUUUUUAAUUUAAAGAAAUAUGCUAUUUUAACUGCAGUAGCCAUUUUAAUUUACCACUGUGUCGUAUUGAUGCUCCUUCUCAUGAUACAUUUUGUUGUUGAAUUGUGUACUACUGAAUUUUACUUGAAAAACAGUUUAAAAAGCAAAGCAGAAGUACAUGUUAAAGAUCACAUUGGUUUAACAGAAAUGAAGUUCUGGAAAGGUACUACUACACUCUCAUUUUGAUUUAUUUUGCUUCAUCCACAGAUUAGUCUGAAAUGCCCAGUUUUAAAUAAAAGGCUCUACCAAA